CAUGUUGCGAGCGGGCGGCGCCUCUCGCGAGAGCCCGGCGGGUAUAUCCACCGCCCCCGCGGGGCCUGCCGCCUUUCCGCCGCCGCCCCGUCAGGAUCCGGCUCCAUCUGCCGCCAUCCGCGCCCCGGCGCCGCCGCCAUGCCGCCCAAGUUCGACCCCACGGAGGUGAAAGUCGUGUACCUGCGCUGCACCGGCGGGGAGGUCGGCGCCACCUCCGCUCUGGCCCCCAAGAUCGGACCCCUCGGGCUGUCCCCCAAAAAAGUCGGCGAUGACAUUGCCAAGGCCACGGGCGACUGGAAGGGGCUGAGGAUCACGGUGAAGCUCACCAUCCAGAACAGGCAAGCUCAGAUAGAAGUUGUUCCUUCUGCCUCUGCCUUGAUUAUCAAAGCUCUGAAGGAGCCUCCCCGUGACAGGAAGAAGCAGAAAAACAUAAAGCACAGUGGCAGCGUCAGCUUCGAUGAGGUAGUGAACAUUGCUCGGCAGAUGAGGCACAGAUCCCUGGCUCGAGAGCUGUCAGGGACAAUUAAGGAGAUUCUUGGAACUGCCCAGUCUGUGGGCUGUAGCAUUGAUGGCAGGCACCCACAUGAUAUCAUUGAUGACAUCAAUAAUGGGGUGAUUGAGUGCCCAGCUAGCUAAGAGUGCAGAAAAGUUGCUGAAUGAAGGUUCCUUAAGGUUUUUUUUGUAACACCUUAAAUGCUUAAUAAAACACCAAGCUGUCUGUAAA